AUGGCUCAGAGUGGCCCGCGAUUAGCCACGAGAGCACAGUCGCGUGUGUCAUCUCGCGAUGAAGCUACGAUCGCGUACAUCAAGAAGAUCCUUUGUUCGAGGCCACCGACGGCAGGAACAGAUCCGGACGUCCCGACUCGAAAGAUUGAAGACAGUUCCCUCGAAGAGCUUUUGCCACCGCUCACGAGCUCAAACGAAGUCGACAUCCAGCUAUACGCGCUCAUCGCCGUCAUCUUGAGCAAUUUCGUCCAGACGUGGUACAACCGCAUCACGCCCGAUCAGCAAUUCGUUAGCGAGAUUGUCCAGAUCAUCGCACACUGCACGCGGGGUCUGGAACAGCGGCUGAGAAAGGUCGAUCUCGAGGGCCUUCUUCUUGAUGAGGUGCCAGAUCUUCUGGCCACGCACGUUAGAGCGAUCAAGACAUGCAGAGCAUCGAGGACGGGAAGUCCAACGGCUCGCGAGGUGCAGUUGCGCUAUCAUGCCCUCAAUCCUCACGUGGCGUUAGAGCCCCUCCCGCUUGACGACGACACGGCUCACAGACAAUCUGAGAACGAGACUGCGUGGUGCUUGCUUCUGGUAAACCGUGUUCUACCUCUGCUACUACCACCGGAAGACCUUCAGAAUCCCUGCCUGGAUGUUUUGGUAUCCGAAGUCUUCGCAGAGCUGAUCUUUCGCAACGGGAUUUGCGGGAAGGCGUGUGAGCCCUGGCUAAUAUGGGACGGCGUGGCAAAACUACUCCGCUCCCUACGGUCCGUCAAAGGCACGCUCCCGAAGAACUCCUCGGUACCGUUAAAUCGACUCGAUGAGUACGGGUUGCUAGCAGCCUCACGCGCAUCAGAGGAUCCGCUUCCUCACGGGAGGCCCCGCAGGCGCUUCGAUGCUCUUUCUCAUACGUUUUGGUUCACCAUGCAAUGCGUGAUAACAGCUUGGGUCCUGCUUCGAGCUUGCUUCAUCGCUCUCAUGCAGGCGGGCACCCUUCCAGCACGGUCGAGCCGCAACCCUUCCAAAUCAAAGGCGUCAGAAGGAGUUCCUGUUACGACAAAUACGAUUUCUGGCCUGGUCGAGACUCCCUCUGCAACAAAGGCGAAGCGACCAAUCGUCGACAUGCACAUCUGGGGAUGCAUCUCAGAGGUUCUGUCUCUCGACCAACGCAUGCCAUGGCUGUCAGGCAUCCUGUCUCUUGUACAGAGGCUUUCCCUGCAAGGGCCGGGUCAGCUUUGCCAGACGAACAGCAGAUUGGACAGGCUGAUGUCGUCCACUAUCCACCAGAGAUUGCUCGCCGCCGCCCCAGACUGGCUGCCCCCCGUGCUGCAAGCCGCCCGAAGCGCCCUCUUCCCGGACAACGUCCUCGCUGCUGGCCGCGCACAACCGCCCUCAAGCGACGAGGUCGUCGAGAUUAAACGCGAGUGCGCCCGCGCCAUCGUCGAAGCGAUGAUGCCCGACGUCGUCGGCGCGGCCUUUUUCGCGACCAAAGACCACGAUCUGAUGAGGGAGGAUGUCGAGGCGCAAGUGCUGGAUCUUCUGGCCGACGCGUACGUCAAUAAACAUCUGGUCGUUUUGGCGGUCGAGUUGAUUGUCGUGCGGCUGUUUCCGGAGUUGGGGAGUAUUGCUGCAGGCAGGUAG